AGUUGGGUCAGUGGCUUGAAACUUUUAAAAGCUCUGUGCUCCAAGUUACAAAAAAGCUUUUACGAGGUAUCAGCACUUUUCUUUCAUUAGGGGGAAGGCGUGAGGAAAGUACCAAACAGCAGCGGAGUUUUAAACUUUAAAUAGACAGGUCUGAGUGCCUGAACUUGCCUUUUCAUUUUACUUCAUCCUCCAAGGAGUUCAAUCACUUGGCGUGACUUCACUACUUUUAAGCAAAAGAGUGGUGCCCAGGCAACAUGGGUGACUGGAGCGCCUUAGGCAAGCUCCUUGACAAGGUUCAAGCCUACUCAACUGCUGGAGGGAAGGUGUGGCUGUCAGUACUUUUCAUUUUCCGAAUCCUGCUGCUGGGGACAGCGGUUGAGUCAGCCUGGGGAGAUGAGCAGUCUGCCUUUCGUUGUAACACUCAGCAACCUGGUUGUGAAAACGUCUGCUAUGACAAGUCUUUCCCAAUCUCUCAUGUGCGCUUCUGGGUCCUGCAGAUCAUAUUUGUGUCUGUACCCACACUCUUGUACCUGGCUCAUGUGUUCUAUGUGAUGCGAAAGGAAGAGAAACUGAACAAGAAAGAGGAAGAACUCAAGGUUGCCCAAACUGAUGGUGUCAAUGUGGACAUGCACUUGAAGCAGAUUGAGAUAAAGAAGUUCAAGUACGGUAUUGAAGAGCAUGGUAAGGUGAAAAUGCGAGGGGGGUUGCUGCGAACCUACAUCAUCAGUAUCCUCUUCAAGUCUAUCUUUGAGGUGGCCUUCUUGCUGAUCCAGUGGUACAUCUAUGGAUUCAGCUUGAGUGCUGUUUACACUUGCAAAAGAGAUCCCUGCCCACAUCAGGUGGACUGUUUCCUCUCUCGCCCCACAGAGAAAACCAUCUUCAUCAUCUUCAUGCUGGUGGUGUCCUUGGUGUCCCUGGCCUUGAAUAUCAUUGAACUCUUCUAUGUUUUCUUCAAGGGCGUUAAGGAUCGGGUUAAGGGAAAGAGCGACCCUUACCAUGCGACCAGUGGCACGCUGAGCCCUGCCAAAGACUGUGGGUCUCAAAAAUAUGCUUAUUUCAAUGGCUGCUCCUCACCAACCGCUCCCCUCUCACCUAUGUCUCCUCCUGGGUACAAGCUGGUUACUGGCGACAGAAACAAUUCUUCUUGCCGCAAUUACAACAAGCAAGCAAGUGAGCAAAACUGGGCUAAUUACAGUGCAGAACAAAAUCGAAUGGGGCAGGCGGGAAGCACCAUCUCUAACUCCCAUGCACAGCCUUUUGAUUUCCCCGAUGAUAACCAGAAUUCUAAAAAACUAGCUGCUGGACAUGAAUUACAGCCACUAGCCAUUGUGGACCAGCGACCUUCAAGCAGAGCCAGCAGUCGUGCCAGCAGCAGACCUCGGCCUGAUGACCUGGAGAUCUAGAUACAGGCUUGAAAGCAUCAAGAUUCCACUCAAUUGUGGAGAAGAAAAAAGGUGCUGUAGAAAGUGCACCAGGUGUUAAUUUUGAUCCGGUGGAGGUGGUACUCAACAGCCUUAUUCAUGAGGCUUAGAAAACACAAAGACAUUAGAAUACCUAGGUUCACUGGGGGUGUAUGGGGUAGAUGGGUGGAGAGGGAGGGGAUAAGAGAGGUGCAUGUUGGUAUUUAAAGUAGUGGAUUCAAAGAACUUAGAUUAUAAAUAAGAGUUCCAUUAGGUGAUACAUAGAUAAGGGCUUUUUCUCCCCGCAAACACCCCUAAGAAUGGUUCUGUGUAUGUGAAUGAGUGGGUGGUAAUUGUGGCUAAAUAUUUUUGUUUUACCAAGAAACUGAAAUAAUUCUGGCCAGGAAUAAAUACUUCCUGAACAUCUUAGGUCUUUUCAACAAGAAAAAGACAGAGGAUUGUCCUUAAGUCCCUGCUAAAACAUUCCAUUGUUAAAAUUUGCACUUUGAAGGUAAGCUUUCUAGGCCUGACCCUCCAGGUGUCAAUGGACUUGUGCUACUAUAUUUUUUUAUUCUUGGUAUCAGUUUAAAAUUCAGACAAGGCCCACAGAAUAAGAUUUUCCAUGCAUUUGCAAAUAUGUAUAUUCUUUUUCCAUCCACUUGCACAAUAUCAUUACCAUCACUUUUUCAUCAUUCCUCAGCUACUACUCACAUUCAUUUAAUGGUUUCUGUAAACAUUUUUAAGACAGUUGGGAUGUCACUUAACAUUUUUCUUUUUUUGAGCUAAAGUCAGGGAAUCAAGCCAUGCUUAAUAUUUAACAAUCACUUGUAUGUGUGUGGAAGAGUUUGUUUUGUUUGUCAUGUAUUGGUACAAGCAGAUACAGUAUAAACUCACAAACACAGAUUUGAAAAUAAUGCACAUACGGUGUUCAAAUUUGAACCUUUCUCAUGGAUUUUUGUGGUGUGGGCCAAUAUGGUGUUUACAUUAUAUAAUUCCUGCUGUGGCAAGUAAAGCACACUUUUUUUUUCUCCUAAAAUGUUUUUCCCCGUGUAUCCUAUUAUGGAUACUGGUUUUGUUAAUUAUGAUUCUUUAUUUUCUCUCCUUUUCUUAAGGAUAUAGCAGUAAUGCUAUUACUGAAAUGAAUUUCCUUUUUCUGAAAUGUAAUCAUUGAUGCUUGAAUGAUAGAAUUUUAGUACUGUAAACAGGCUUUAGUCAUUAAUGUGAGAGACUUAGAAAAAAUGCUUAGAGUGGACUAUUAAAUGUGCCUAAAUGAAUUUUGCAGUAACUGGUAUUCUUGGGUUUUCCUACUUAAUACACAGUAAUUCAGAACUUGUAUUCUAUUAUGAGUUUAACAGUCUUUUGGAGUGACCAGCAACUUUGAUGUUUGCACUAAGAUUUUAUUUGGAAUGCAAGAGAGGUUGAAAGAGGUUUCAGUAGUACACAUACAACUAAUUUAUUUGAACUAUAUGUUGAAGACAUCUACCAGUUUCUCCAAAUGCCUUUUUUAAAACUCAUCACAGAAGAUUGGUGAAAAUGCUGAGUAUGACACUUUUCUUCUUGCAUGCAUGUCAGCUACAUAAACAGUUUUGUACAAUGAAAAUUACUAAUUUGUUUGACAUUCCAUGUUAAACUACGGUCAUGUUCAGCUUCAUUGCAUGUAAUGUAGACCUAGUCCAUCAGAUCAUGUGUUCUGGAGAGUGUUCUUUAUUCAAUAAAGUUUUAAUUUAGUAUAAACAUA